AAAAAUCACGUGUCAUCCAAAAAUCAAGAAUUAAGGGAGGGCGAGAAGCGAAGGGUUUAUGGAUUUAUUUCCUCCAUAAUCCGAGCGCGUGUGGUAAAUCAGCAGCAGAAACGCCAUCUGUCUCUUCCGCGCCGAGCACUCAAUUUCGGUCCAGAUCGGCGAGAGACAUCUGCUUUCUGUUGGUGUGGUGGAUUCGAAGCUACCCUGUCCACCCGGCACGGUAUUGGAAAGACCACCUCUCACCGUCUGCGAAAGGGAAAGUCGGAGUCCGGAAAUGAUAAUAGGACGAAUCCCCUUUUAAACGGAAAACAAUGGACAGCGGGCUUUGAGCAAUGUAUUUAUGAUCAAUAUACUAGGCUAUUGUAGGCUAUUGUAUUUUUUUAUAUCACAUAGGCUAUUACGAAGAAUGCAUGACUUCAUUAUGCCCUGCUGCCUGGGAUGGUUACUGUGAGGGGGUCGCUGUGCGUCGAGGGGGGUGAUUCCAGCGACCGCCAAAAGGAAAUUUUUUGGUCUUGGCAGGUCAAAGAAGGCUAUGUCUUACAGUGGUGACACCAGUUUGCGGCUGUGUUUGUAUUGUGAAACCUCAACCGAUUUUGUGACUUAUUUUGGGAUUACCCUGCAGCACCCAGGGAUAUUUUCAGUCUUUAAUUGAGGACAUUUUGACAGUUGCACAACGUAGAAGGAAUACAUCCAUUAUCAAGUCGGUCAUUGAAUAGCUUGUGAAUGGGCUGGAAUUUAUCGCUGUCCAUUAUGUAGCUGUAGUAGGCUACUCUUGGACAAUAAAUUCCACUUUUCGCGAGGACAAGCCUAUUUUGCGCAGGUUUGUGAAAUACUUUUGAGUUCUGAAACUACUUUACAAUUUUCAGAGGCUUCAGUUGGAAACAUUUCAGAAUUUUACGUCGUCAGUUAUUUAGAAAUAACUUUUUGAGAAGGACACCAGAACAUGCUGUUCAACGUUUUGCCAGAUUAUUCGAACCUACAAGAACCUAUUUUAUGCUAUUAUUUUGUUGGUUUAAAAAAAUCUAAUCGCUCUUUUUAUAUAGCCUAACCUUACAUUUGACAAUUUUCUGUGAAGUCGAGUGAGGUGGAAUAUACUUUGAUGGUUAUUAAUUUAAAUGUAGGCCUACUGUUUAAUUAUUCGAACACCAAACCCUCGUUUACUGCCAGUGCCUCUCAAAUAUUGACCAGAUUUGACUGAUCAGCUGCGCUGAAUUCAGCCCAACAGCGAAACUGGAUUGUAUUGAAUGAGAAACGCGUUUUACGCACAAGCUGUGUACGGGAACUUGGUGGUGGUACAGUUUGGCCUUGCUGGCGUUCCGUGGAAAUGGGAGACAACAUGUCAAAGAGAUUAAAACUGGUCACCACAUCUGAAUCAGAGAUGGAGGAGAGGUCUUUUGUGAACCCAUUCCCGGACUGGGACCAGGGAGUCUUCUCAUCAUCAAACUCAGGACAAGACAGUGAUGGGAGUGAACCAUUUGAUGCCAACGGAAAGCCUCUGGCCGUGGGCGCAGUCACACACCACCGCCUCAAGAACCAGGCAGAGACACAGGAUUGUAUCAGCAAACUUCUUCAGCUCCAGAGGUCUGUGUUGUCUCCAGAUUCGGACGUGCCUGACGAGCUCUUGUAUGGUCGGGCCGGCUACCUCUUCGCCCUGCUCUACGUCAACAAGGAGAUUGGCCCUGAUACCGUCGACGAGGCCACCAUCACCAAGGUGGUGACGGCCAUCUUGGAGUCGGGGAAGAACCUAUCCAAAGAGGAGAAGAAGACGGAGCGCUGCCCGCUGUUGUACGAGUGGCAUAAGAAGCAGUACGUUGGCGCCGCACACGGGCUGGCCGGCAUCUACUUCACACUCAUGCAGCCCAUUGCUAAAGUGAAUCCCGAUAUCCUGAAUGAACUGGUGCGGCCCAGCAUUGACUAUGUCCGGCACAAAAAGUUCCGCUCCGGCAACUACCCCUCGUCCCUUAGCAACGAGACGGACAGGCUUGUCCACUGGUGCCACGGGGCCCCGGGCGUCAUUCACAUGCUCCUCAUGGCACACAAGGUGUUUAAGGAGGAGAAGUACCUGAAGGACGCGGUAGAGUGUGGUGAGGUGAUCUGGCAGAGGGGUCUACUCCGGAAGGGCUACGGCAUCUGCCACGGCACCGCCGGCAACGGAUACGCCUUCCUCGCCCUCUACAAAGCCACUCAGGAGAAGAAGUACCUGUACCGCGCGUGCAAGUUUGCUGAGUGGUGCCUGGACUAUGGGACGCAUGGAUGCCGCAUCCCUGACCGGCCGUAUUCGCUGUUUGAAGGUAUGGCAGGAGCUAUCCACUUCCUCUCUGACAUCAGCCAGCCUGAGGCCUCCUGCUUCCCCGCAUUUGAACUUUGACCCCCGGGAGGGCUAGAGUUAGGAGAGAUGCACAAGAAGAAGGACUGACCUGGAGUUCAUGAGACGGUGGCAGCCGGGUGGCGCGCUGGAGCAGGAAUGGGGUCUGGCUCAUGAGGGUGGCAUGAUUCCUCAGGUUUUCCAUCUGAGGGGUGGGAUGGGGAUGGGGGUGUCAGGGUGAGCAGGGAGGGGGAAGGGGGCUCCUUGUUGCUACUGGCAACCCACCUAGUGUCUUCGCGCAGGCACUGAUGCAAAAAAUUAAACCUUGAACGAGUCCCAAACCUUCAGCCUUUAAUGUCAAACGCCUACAAGUGGCCACCUCCAGUUCUGUAUGUGUUGCUUGAAGUCUUUGCCCCUGAUGAAGAUGUUAGCUGUUUGUUCGUUUGAGGAGCAGGUGGUGAAUAGUCUUUUGUCGUGUGAGACUGUUGUUUUAAAAAAAAAUAAGGAUAAGACUUUUUCUCUUCCUGUACUUUGCGUAUGGAUGAUUUAGUUUCAGUAAUUGGCGAAAAAGGGAUCCUGUGGCUUCCUUAUGUAUUGAUCUUUGCUUCUGCAUGCCCAUGCCCUCAUAGGCUAACUGUGCCUCUGUCCUUGUUCGUAUUUGUCUGUGUUCUUUGGUCGUCUCCAUUCUGCCCC